AGCGGAGCUGCGGCCGCUGCCACCUUCGCGGGUGUUGAGACGGGAUUUGUGCGGUGCGGUUCCUGGGCUCCUAGCUUCAUGACUGCGCGGAGCGGGGAACCAACACCAUGCGAGCACAAAUUGAAGUGAUACCAUGCAAAAUUUGUGGUGAUAAAUCCUCUGGAAUACACUAUGGAGUCAUCACAUGUGAAGGCUGCAAGGGAUUCUUUCGGAGGAGUCAGCAGAACAAUGCAUCCUAUUCCUGUCCAAGACAGAGAAACUGUUUAAUUGACAGAACCAACAGAAAUCGCUGCCAGCACUGCCGACUGCAGAAAUGUCUUGCCCUGGGAAUGUCUCGAGAUGCUGUGAAAUUUGGAAGAAUGUCCAAAAAGCAGAGGGAUAGCUUGUAUGCUGAAGUGCAGAAGCACCAGCAGCGACUGCAGGAGCAGCGGCAGCAGCAGAGUGGUGAGGCAGAAGCUCUGGCCAGGGUUUACAGCAGCAGCAUCAGCAAUGGCUUGAACAAUCUGAACAGCGAGACUGGCAGCACCUACGCCAACGGGCACGUCAUCGACCUGCCCAAGUCUGAGGGCUAUUACAGCGUGGAUUCUGCCCAGCCCUCCCCAGACCAGUCUGGGUUAGACAUGACUGGAAUCAAACAGAUAAAGCAGGAACCUAUCUAUGACCUCACCUCUGUACCAAACUUGUUUACCUAUAGUUCUUUCAACAGCGGCCAAUUAGCUCCAGGGAUAUCCAUGAGCGAAAUCGAUCGAAUUGCACAGAAUAUCAUUAAGUCUCAUUUGGAGACAUGUCAAUAUACAAUGGAGGAAUUACAUCAGCUAGCGUGGCAGACCCACACAUAUGAAGAAAUAAAGGUUUACCAGAGCAAGACGAGAGAAGCUCUGUGGCAGCAGUGUGCCAUUCAGAUCACCCAUGCUAUCCAGUAUGUGGUGGAGUUUGCAAAGCGCAUAACAGGCUUCAUGGAGCUCUGCCAGAAUGACCAAAUUCUCCUUCUUAAGUCAGGCUGCUUGGAAGUGGUUUUGGUGAGAAUGUGCCGUGCCUUCAACCCACUUAACAAUACUGUUCUGUUUGAAGGAAAGUAUGGAGGGAUGCAAAUGUUUAAAGCUUUGGGUUCUGAUGAUCUGGUAAAUGAAGCAUUUGACUUUGCAAAGAAUUUAUGUUCCUUACAGCUGACUGAGGAGGAGAUUGCCUUGUUUUCAUCUGCUGUUCUGAUAUCACCAGAUCGAGCCUGGUUAAUAGAGCCAAGGAAGGUCCAGAAGCUUCAGGAAAAGAUUUACUUUGCACUUCAACAUGUUAUUCAGAAGAACCACCUCGAUGAGGAGACAUUGACAAAGUUAAUAGCCAAGAUACCAACAAUUACUGCACUUUGCAACUUGCACGGAGAGAAACUGCAGGUAUUUAAGCAAUCUCAUCCAGACAUAGUGAACACACUGUUUCCUCCAUUAUACAAGGAGCUUUUCAAUCCAGACUCAACCACUGGCUGCAAGUGAAGGGGAUAAUAGAAUUUUCACUUAGUCAUGGAAUGCAUCACUAGUAAGACAAAGAGAAAUGUUUUCAUGAAGAAAUUAUUAAAAAUGUCACUACUGCAACACUAGGAAUGUCCUGCACUUAAUAGAAUUAUUUUUCACCGCUACAGUUUGAAGAAUGUAAAUAUGCAACUCUGAGUGGGGAUGUCUUUUUUCUCUUUUGUUUACUUUUCGUGUUGGUUUUUUUUUUUAAUUUUUGAACUGACAAUGAAUAUACAAAUGUAGGACACUGGGUGUUACCUUUUUUUUUAAUUUACUUUUAUUGGGGGAUGUUUUGGGAGACAACUGUUCCUAGAAUUUUAUUGUAGAUAUACAUGAUAAUAGAGCAGUACUUUGCAGUAUUACUCUUGCUGUUUAUUGUUAAAAUAUAAUUUAAGAAAAUUCCACUUAUUAGACUGCCUAGUUCUAUGUUUUUAGAUAGUUUAAUGCAUGUGGAAAUCUGUAGCUGUCUUGGAAGUUAUGUGCAUAUAUGGAAGACACACACACUCACAUAUAUAUACAUAUAUAUGUGUAUGUAUGUACAUACGUGUGUAUGCAUUAUAUGCAUACAUGCUGUAACUUAAAAUCACAUGCCUACAUUUAAAGGAUGCUCAACCCAGCUCUCAUGUAUUUCCCAUUCUCCAAGUAAUGUAUUAGAUUUACUUUGGGCAAUCAAGAUUUGCUUUGCCAGAGUUAAAUUGUCAGCUGCCAAUCUGUAAUGACAGGAUUACUUCUGAGAUGUGUGUAAUGUAGUGCAUGCGUGCUGUGUGUAAAUCAAACAUCAGGAAUGUAUCAAUGGUGCAAAAGCCUUGUCUGGAUGGGUUUACUGAAAGGAGGAAUAGGAUUGGGGUUUUUUUCAUUUUCUCACUGUUACAGGAGGAUAACAUACAUAAAAGUGAACGUAGUAGGACCUGAUCUCAGUAAAGUAUCUGAAACAUGGAGUAAAAAUUUAGACAAUCCCAUAUGUACAUUUUUGUGAUUUCACCCAGGAUUUUGUUUUAUAUAUACUGGUUUGAAAAGUAGUUUCAAGUCUUGGUUUGUUUUUUGCUGAACUCAUUAGAAAGAUAGGUAGUAAGCUCAGUGAAAACCAUGGAAAGCCUAAAAUGUAUCUCUGAAGGAAAGGAGGGAAGGAGGAAGAAAGUCAAAAGUGAGUGAAGUCCAUGGUUACUACAAACAACAGUGUAAUUGUCACUGUUUCUGACAGUCAUCAUCUAGAUGGGACUGAUGGUUUCCAUUACACUCAUACAUCUGUGUAUGUUUUAAACACGUGCAUAUAUGUAUGUAUAUAUCUGUAUGUAUAUAACUGUAUAUAUAUAUGCAUAUAUAGGAUUUAUUUUAAAUGCAUUUCAGGAGUGGAGCAAAGGGCUGGAGCUUUCUUAUUGUCUGUCUCUGAACUGACUGUACAUGCAUUUGCUUGCAAAACCAAAGGCAAACACAGAGGGGAGUGGAAGGCAGCCAUGGAAUUAAUCUUCUGGAUUAAUUAAGUUUAAUCAGCAGUCAUUAUUAAUGUAUCUGCAUUCUGCCAGUAGUACAAAACACAGAUGGUUUAGCUUUGAAAGAGGGAUUCGGUUUCUGCUACAUCUCCCUUUACCACCACUUUUACCCAUUGUGAACUUUUUCAGAGCAGUCUCCUCUGGGAUACCAGCAAAGGGCAUAGAGCAGAAAUAAGAAGCAGCAGGCAGUAGAGAGGAAAGGAAGUGAAGGCAGGAUCACAAGCAGAUGUUCUUUAUUUCAAACCAUGCAGAAGCCAGUGCAAGGCAAGGGGAAGCACCCAGGACCUGCCUGUUUGCCAGGCUCAUGGAGGGGCAGUGUCACAGGGAGCCCACAGGGACACAGGUGGCCCCUGAGGUGGGUGAAGAAAAUCGGCUCUGUUGUAGUGAUAAUGCCUCAGGCAGCUCUGGUCUCAGGCUUCUCUCUUCUGCAUGAGCAGAUAAUUCACAGGCUAUUUCAAGUACUUUGAGAGCUCUCCCUUGCCUUCCAUUGCAAGUUUGCAUAUGCAUUUUGUGGCAGAAUCAAGUCUUGAGAAUAUCACAAUUUAUUUGUUCUGUUUUAACAGUGCCAGAACAGGUACAAGAGUAGUUACAAACUCUCAGCUAAUAAAUGUUUCUGUGCAGGUCCAUUACAACUUAGAAAAAAAAAUCUGUCCAGCAAAUUUAGUUGUGAGAACUUUGUUGCAAAUAUGACAUACUCUUCAAAAUUUCUUAAUGAUAUAUAGAACAGCAGUUACUAAAGUUACCGUUUUUACUCCAAAUUCAGAACACAUUUCUCUAGUGAGUACCUUGAAAUGUCUUAGAUUAAAAUAAUAAAGCAUUUCUCUUGAUGCUUCUUUAUACCACUCUAACAGUAAGACUGACAUUCCUUUACAAGGUGAUUUACCUGUUUGCAGCCCUUUUUAUAGGGCAAAUCCAAGAAAAGGAUCCCAAAUUUCAAGUAUGUGUAUAUGAAAACUUAAUGUCUACAUGUUAUUUGUGUAGAUUUAUUGGGAGAAACAUGGAGUCAUACUGAACUCUAGAAGUGCUCAGUUUUAAUUGCAGGGGAUUCAUGUUUUUCUUGAUUUCCCACCACAAGAACACACACAUAGUGUUUGACAUAUUUUAUAAAUUCAUUUACAGUAUAUCAAAAGUAUAUAUUUAGCCAACCCAUAGAAAUAUAGAAUAAGCGAUAAAUACUACUGUUCGUAGUGCUGCUUAAUAAAGAGGUUUGUCAUGUUUAUAAAUAGUCCUUCACAAUUGUGUGUUACAUCUUGAAAAUGUUGUUUUCUUCUCUAAUAAGCUAAUUGCUCCUUGGGAUUUUUGAAUUACUACUCAGGCAAGAUAACUAAAUGGAGGUCACCAGCGAAAAUGACACUAAUCAUUAUCUGCAGGGCCUUUAAUCUUUAAAACACUAUUCUUAUAUCACUGCAAUGGCAUGACCUUUCCAAUCAGUAAUGAUUAUGAUCACAUUUUAAAGAUGUGGAAAUGAAAGAAAAAACGUUAAGUAGCUUGUGAGAGACCACAAAGGUAGAAAUAUCCAGUUUAGAAAUAAAAGUGAAUUCUUGGCUUUUGUCCUAAAACUUCUAAUACUCUGCCAUACAUGAUCUUCAUUGUCAUUGAUAGGCAAUAACAUCUACCGAGAUUUUCAAUUAUUGCCAAACAAAUUUAUGUUACUAUUAGUACAGGAUUUGAGCAAAUAGUGUUGUGGCUUACUUGGAAAAUGAGAAUUCAUUUUCAAACACUAUUUAUUUAUGGAACUGUGCUGUGGUAACUGCAAUUAGAUUUUAUUUAAUUUUCUGUCACUUGGGCUUGGCCGCAUAGGUAUAGUACCUCUUUUGCCCUUCUUUGACUGAGUGUGGAACAACACAUAAUGAUCACAUGCCACAGGCUGGAUUUUUGUGAUUGGUUUUGCUGACACAGUCACUUACACUCAAAAUUUCAAAUUCUUGAUAUUGGGCUUCACAUAUUCAAGUUGUCCAUAGACUUUUAAGGACAAAAUAGCAUGAAUUUUAGUAAAUAACUUAAUAAUUCAUAAUAUUAGUUCUUCAUUUUAGUUUUUUUGGCUUUCAGUAGUCUACGGUAAAACCUGAAACUUUUCAAAUAAGUGUCUAAAACUAAAAUUCAUAACAUCUUCUUUCUAUAAUAACUAGAUAUAUUUGUUGAUUUUUUUAGUGACAAACUUUUCAAAUGAGACACGUUUUUUAAUGAUUGAUUAACCUGGGACCUGUAACAAAAGGUUAUUUGAAAUCAUAUUUAAAGCAUAUAUUUAAAGCAUGUAUUGAAUCUACUACUACUAGCAUUGCUCUCCAGUAAUUCAGUCAUAUUAUUCUAAAUUACCUUUGGCAUUGAGGAAGCAGAUGUACAGUGUUCAUUAUACUACCACAAGGAAUUCAUUUUGCUGUAAGUAUCUCUCUUGCCUACAACAAUUAGUUGUAAGAUUCAUAUUUCCUUCUAAUGGAAAUUGCUAGAAAGGAAACAUGGUAUUAGAAGGCACCUCAGUUGAGAAAACCUGUUUCUGAAAGCAAAGUACAGUUUUUGAUUGGCUUGUGAAUGAACAGCAUGAAUGAAUUGAUUCUGCAAGUUUUCAGACCCUUAACUCUAACUAAAGUCAACAAAAAUUGAGGCAUUUCAGAGGUCCCACUUGAGCUCUAUUGAGCAGAAGGCAGAUGUUGCUCUCCUAAAUGCUUUGACUUCAAGCUCCUGUUGUUAUUUCAGCUCAGUUUCACAGGGCGUGUAUGGUCCUGUUGCACCUUGGGCACCAGUGCCAGGUUAUGGUGCUGAGGUGGAGCAGUUGCCAGAGCUGCCCAUGAAGAUGAGCUUUGUUACGUGGUUUUCUUUGUUCAGUUUCACCGUGGCAGCUGGUGUAGGGGUGUGUUUCCCUUUGGGACAGUUUGCAGGGUUUCUGGUGUAACAACUUCUACACAAAGAGGAUGCAAAGUGCUCCUCUGUGAUAGCCUCCUGGCCUCCCUGUGCCGGGCUGUACAAGCUUCUCUAAGACUGCAGUAGUCCCACAAACUGGUAAGGCAGUUUAGCUAGAGAUGUGCAGCUGAUAGCCUCUUUCCCUGUUGACUUUUUGACCCCUCUGAAGCUGUGUUUCAAAUGUCAUUUGAAAGGCUCCCCCAAUCCUCCUCCUCCCUUCUGACUCUGCAUUGAUUGUGCUGUUUCCAGAAGAGCUAAGGUCCAGCCUGAAAGGUCGUUCCUAUUUUCAGUCAUUGUCUUUUGGACAUCCCAGGAAUAUAGCUCAUAAGAUCAAACUGAAACACAAUUUUUUUUUUUUGUCCAAUCCAUUAUGCCUAAGGAUGUGUGAAAUGGAACCCUGAGACAGAGCAGCUUGCUUUUCCCUGGCCAAUAAAAUACUAAUGUAUUUACACCUACCAGCCUGUCCCAGCACCUUCUGCCUCCACUCUAGAAACUAAAUCCCAUCUCCAUUAGGAACAGUGUGCUGGAGGCCCUGUCCUUGUCUUUACUUUUUAAGUUUCAUGCUUCGUAAAUGACAAUCACUGCUCGAUGCAAACGUUGCACUCUAUGCCACUCAGGGAUGUUUCAUUACUGAAAAUAACUAUAAAUAUAACAGUGAUCAUACGGAAGAGAAUGUUAGAGGCUUUGAAGGAUAUGGGUUGAGCUGCUCAAGUGAACGUGACCCAGACAAGGCUUUCAAGCCAAUGAUUAGAAGUAACAUUGGUAUAAACUGAAUUCACUGUCAGCAUUUCCUCAGCUGGAUCUGUCAGACUUUGCCUAUUGUUUCACAGUCAGCAGAGUCUACUGACCCAUCAGCUCCUGAUGUUAAAGUCCUUUUGGGAAUAAAGUGUAAGCAAGCUUUGUAUGGAUUACUGAAUUUAGACAACUGACAAAGUUGCAAAGUACUCAGUUUAUGUACCAUUAAUGCGAGCUCAUAUUCAGACUUGCUGCAGGUGUGUAAGAGGAAAGGUUAAGACAUGGAAUAAAUAUGUCAGCAAUGAUAAGAGCGCUGAGCUAGGACAUGGAGAAGUGACUGUGAAGAACAAGUAGACAUGAGCAAGUGGCUAACAGCUACCAUUUUCUCUCAGGGAUGCACAAAAUCACAGCUAGCCCAUGACUCUGUAGCAAUACUUCUCCAUGGUAUGAUUAGUUCCUUUCUCACAUCAAGAAAACAUUACCCCGUUUUAUGCUAGUGAAAAGUACUCCCACCUCCUAGAGUUUUGAAAUGUGCUUAUCCCUAGCUUUACACCACAGGUUUUCUGUCAUUACAAGAACACACACAGAAGGAUAAAUUGCAAUGGAUUACAUUGCCAGUCAUUAAGUUAAUUCCAUGUCUUCAACCAAGAGGUUUUCCUCAGCUCUGAAUAUGAUCAUUGCUCCUGUUAUCACAAUGAGUAUGUGUGGCUUUUGACUCCUUCCAUCCUUUGAACCCUCCCCACCUUGAAGACUGAUGGACACUUCAGGAGUUAAGAGGCCAGCAUCCCUAUGCAUCAGGAUCAUCACCAUCAUAUUCUUUGCCAAGCAUCCCAUUGCAAUUUUUUUUUUAAUCCUUCAUGUUGCUAGAAGCCAUGCCCAAGUGACUGAAGUUCUUGUUAGCAUGAUAGCUUCCCAUUAAAAGGUUCAGUCUUUUGGUCAGAGGAUCUGGCCUCUCUUUCCUUUUCCUUUCACCCCUAGCUCCUAGUGAACAAGGCUUGGAGUAGUAAAUGACUCAUCUCCAUUCUUUCUCAAAGUUGGUCAGUACUUGCAACCUGCAAGGGAAGCUCCACCCAGGUGGUAGAAAGGAAGCUCCUUCCUCCUUUCCCUUCAUGUUCUCCCUCAGCUGUGCUGUCCCUGCAUGCAUCGUCCCUGCACGUGUUGUCCCUGCACGACUGUGUGACAAUGAGCCCAACACCCAGUAAGUUAUCAUCCCAGAAGCUGUUUGCCGCUCUGGAAGCCACUUUUGCAUGCAGUCUGCAGACAAGAGCCAUGGUGAAAAGAAGAGGACUAAAACUUCCACAGUGGUAGCUCACAGAUCAGUAACUCUCCUAAAAAGGCAGGCUGAACAUCCUCUGGGAAAGCAGAAGUAUUUCCUGGGUGUUACUGCAGGCAGCGAGGAUAAUACUGCUCACAGUGAGUUCAGUGACAUGAUGUACUACAUUUGCAUAAUUUCAUCAUCCUCACAGUUCAAGCACAGCACAUAGGGAAAGUGAAAGAAAACAGCAUUGGAUAUAGCAGCAAUAAGUAAAUUGUAAUUGUUUCUUUGUAACUGUACUUGCAGAAAUUGUUUGCUUUGCAUGUGGUCUUCUGUACAAUAACAUAAAGAAAAAAUUACACUAAUGUAGAUAUCAUGGUGAUUUGCAUAUUUUUUUGAUUUGUUGGAUAUAGCUGCUAAUUUAUGAAUGAAGAUACUGCUGUUGAGAAAAUUUUUUCUGCUUCAAGAAAAUGCUGAGGUCCUUGUUUAUGACUAUACAUGGACGCCAGUAAAGUAUGUUCAAUAUAAGACUCUGUCUGGAGAGAAUUUUAAAAAAUGGCUCCUAGUUUUCAAUAUUAGGAACACAUUUGCCCCUUAUUUGGGCAACAGGAAUGCAACUGCAUUGAAACACAAGCAGGAGUAGAUGGUUAACCACCAAGAACAGGAAAGAACAGGAAAGAACAGGAAAGAACAGGAAAGAAUAGGAAAGAACAGGCUUUACCUUGACAACUGCUUUGGAUAAAACCAGCUUAUUUGAAGGAAAAAAAAAAAAAAAAAAGCACUUAUACUUGUCUUGAUUAGACACGCAGCUUAAUUAAGUCAAAGUAACUACAUUAGGCUGUUGACUUUGGGGAUUCAGAUUCAGAUGCACUACAUUUGUGGUUUUUUUAACGUGUCACUUCAAUGUCAGAAUCAGGCAAAAAAGUUGUUUUGUUGUUAGUAAAAAAAGCUAAUAAUCAUUUAACCCUACGGAGUGUGGACCACACAUUCUCAUGCAGUAUAUGGGGAUUUAUUCGUGCACUUAUUUUUUAAAAAGCCACUGAGUAGCAUAGCCAGUGAACUAGCCAUGAUAGUCUUUGCCUCUUGUGUGACUGCCAUGUGACCUCUAGUACACGUUUGGAGCGGCUCUGUGAUUGUACUUGUGGCAACAGAUAAAGCACAACUGAACUCUAAGCUGUUAUCAACACUCAGCUAAAUCAAAUACAUUGGGUAUUUUGAGAUUUAUGCUAAUCGCUAUAAUUCCCAUGUCAAAUUAAUUACUUCAGUUGUAAUGAAUGGACAAUAUAAAGAACAUAGGAAUCAUAACAGCAACAAAAUCCCUUAUUUUACAGCUGCACUCUCUGCCUCAUUUGAUUAACACUAAAGAAGUUACUUAAAAACUAAACAAACAAAACAAGAAGAAAGAAACCUGAGUAUGUAUUGUAGAAAUGUAGAAGACAAAUAAAAUAUUUUUUCAUAUGUAAUUACUUUUAAUAUAUGCUUGUGGAAGGUCCAAUACUAUGUAUGCUGUCUCUGUAAUUUUUGCUGUAAAUAACUCGGGACAGUGAAUACACUGAUUUUUUCUAUGUCUCUGUUUAAACAUAAGACUUUGUAAUGUUGGAUUUUUUUUAAAGAGGAAAAACAUCAAAGAGCAAAUUAUGUACUUGCUUCCUGUAAGUGUAAUGUACUCUUCAGUUUUUAUGGAAACUGAUUGUAAUAGAUAAAGCCUUUUGACCAGCCGUUGAUAUUUAGUGCAUGCUUCUGUUCAUAAUUCGGAAAAAAGUGUUGGAUUGUCAGAGAAAUGUGAUCCCAGGAAAUCUGUACAGUGAGUACUAUAAUAAUUCCUGCAGACUGCAUUUGACUGAUUUCAAGAAAAGCUGUUCAAGGAAAUAAUGCUUCCUUAUAGCAUAUGGCUUUUAUGAAUCCUUCUGACAUUACUUAUAUUAAUAGAAACAUUUCUCUCUUUCCAAUGAGCAAAAUAUUUUUGUAUGCCUUUAAUUUCUUAUUCAGAUUUGAAGUCAGGUCACUCAUUAGCUGUAAUCUGAAGCCAUAACUGAUCUUCACCAAAUGCACAUUUUAAAGAUCAUAAUGGAAAAAAGAAACUAUGUCCAGUUUAUCAACAGCUGUAAUGUAAUACAGGCAGGAGCAUAAAUAAUUAACAAAGUACUUAGAUGCUGUUCUGGCAUCCAAAUGUGACUUUAAUGGCUAGUAUUUUGUGAUUACCAAUUUAUAAAAAAAUAAAAACAUAAUUAAGAUAGAUAUUUAGAUUUAAAUGAAGCUUUCUAAUAUUUUUGGAAUAUCCCUGAAAAUGCUUUUAGGAUUAUGAGAAGAAAUGAUUUUUCAUAUACUUCCCACUUUCAAAUAUCUAAUGUUUUUAUCCUAUUUCCAGUUCAUUUUGUUAGAGUGAAAUGAGAUGUUAAGGAUCCAGGAUCCAAGCCCUGAGCUAUUUGGUGCUUGGCUGUAGUUAUAUUGUUGUAAAUCAAUUUAAUUUUAAUUUUAGGCGUGUGUUGUUUUUUAUUUGGUAAGCAUGUUUACCACUGUUGGUAACACACAAGAGUUGCAUUGCCUGUCAAGAAGUAUGAUAAUAAACAAUCUAAUAAAAUAAUGAGUAACACUCAAAAUUAAUCACUCUCAAAAGACAAAUAAAAGUUCCUUUCUAAAAUCAAAUGCCUCAUAGAGUCAACAGUGAUUUUUUUUUUAUUUUUUUUUAAUAAUCUUAAUUGUGUAAUAACUGUCAUGUAUCCUAACUGGCUUGUAGAUGCAAAAAGUAGAACUGCAAAUGAAUCAUGAUGUACUGGGUAAAAAUCUGGCUCCAUUGAAACCAGCAACAAACACUUCACUGGUUUCAACAGUGCCAGGAGUUCAUCCAGCAUUUUUACAUCUGCAAUUCUCUUCCAAUCUUGCUCCCUUGUUUAAUAUAAUUGACCUAAUUUAUGUGUAUGUGAGUAAAAAGACAGCCUGAUUCAUUUAGAAAGUGACCAUUGAGGGUUUUUUUAUCAUGAAUCUUGUAGGACCAGCAUCCAUGUCAAAUGAAAAGGUUCUAUAUUACUUUAGAAUGUAAUAGAUCUUUGUCUUAUUUUAUGACCUGUAAAUUAUUAGUUAAACACUGUUAGCAUUUCAUAAUAAUGCACACAUGAUUUUUGAAUGUUUUCUGUAAAUGACAAUCAGUGUUGAUGAAGUUCCUUUCUUUA